UUGGUGAAUCAGCAAUUGGAUGAGAGGCUGCGCGUCACGCACGCGUCGCUCAACGGCUCCGCGUCGUGCUCACUGCCGCGAUGAGACGCGUUCAGAUGGGUUUGUUAUAUCCGGGUUGGAGGGGAGUGUCACUCUGAGAUUUCCAAUAGAAACACGCUGGAAAAGCAGAGAGAGGGAGAGAGACUGGACGCGCGUAGCGGGAAUAUGGCAUCGGUCAGAGGGAAGCGAAAGCGCAGCGCCAUGGAUUCGUGAUCAGGAUAGACAGGCACAGCGCGAUGGAAAAGACGCAGCCCGCCGCUAAAGCGAGGUCCGAGAGGAGCAGCACGGGUCGGACGGGCUCGGCUCCCCUGGGGAAGAUCGCGCCGCUGCAGCCCGGACACAAGCGCAGGAUAGAGGGGGUGCUCAGCAAAUACACCAACCUCAUCCAAGGCUGGCAGAACAGGUAUUUUGUGUUGGACUCUGAGUUGUCUCAGCUGCAGUAUUUUGUGAAUGAACAGGGGCAAAGCCAGAAGCCCAGAGGAUCUCUCCCUCUGAUUGGUGCAUCGGUAACGUCAAGCGAUGAGGCGCCAUUCAUGUUCAUCGUCAGCUCAGCCAAUGGAGAGCUCUUCAAACUCAGAGCGGUGGACGCCACAGAACAGCAGCUGUGGAUGGCGCAGUUACAGGCCUGUAUCAGACGCCACUCAGACAGCAGUGCCAAGAUGAGGAAACUCAAGGAUUGUGAUGAACGCCUGUGUGUUGACAGAACUCAGAAUACACUCGAUGCACAGGAUUCAUCAGGUCGUACACGGAGUUUCUCUCUUCUUCCUCAUCUUCCUCUGACUUCCUCUCCUGGAUCUCAGAGACAUCAUCUGCCUCAUAACGCAGCUCCCAGCAACAUCGUUACCAUAACGCAUCAUAAGUCACCUGCAGCCGCCCGCCGUGCCAAAAACCAGUACCCAGAGCGCCUCCUGGAGGUCAAAGAGGCUAUGAAUCAGGCCGAAGGUCAUCAGAAGAAUCUAGUUCACUCCAUCGAGUCGUUGCAGACGCGAGGACCCCUCUCCUGUCUAGAUCAAGACCUGCUGCUGCUCAAAGCAACAUCUGCUGCCACCCUCAACUGCCUUGGAGAGUGCCUAACUAUUUUACAGAAGAGUGCCGGUCACAACAGCAACACUCAGACGGGCCACCACCAUGGCCCGACUUCUGACAAUGUUCCUGUAUGGACUGUUCCAAACUCGCCCUCAGGAGAGCAUUUGAGGAACGGCGGCGCUUCUACUCUGCUUUCGCCCUCCCUCAGCAAGAAAACCCUGCUGUCGAACACUGAGGACGCUAUGGAGGUGAUUUCUCCGGGUGAGGAGGUGAUGGAUUCAGAGGAUAAUGUUGAGGAAGAUCUGGGCAUGUUGGAUGAUCAGAGGAGUGUUAUUCUACAUCUGCUGUCCCAACUCAAACUGGGCAUGGAUCUCACACGGGUGGUUCUUCCUACAUUCAUCUUGGAGAAACGCUCUCUAUUGGAGAUGUACGCCAACUUCAUGGCUCAUCCAGAUCUGUUCCUGGCCAUCUCCACGGGCAGCACACCAGAGGAGCGAAUGGUGCGUUUCGUCGAAUACUACCUGACCGCCUUCCACGAAGGACGCAAGGGUGCUGUUGCGAAGAAGCCCUACAACCCGGUGCUGGGUGAGACGUUCCACUGCUCAUGGGAGGUCCCACGAGACCAAGUCCGCCCUUUAAGAACCUGCAACCAUUCUGUGGGGUCAGGGGCACGAGAGACAUGUAUGAGGACCAAUCAGGAGGCAGUGGAGGCAGGGUCAGACUGUUAUAGAGUGCGUUUUGUGGCGGAGCAGGUUUCUCAUCAUCCUCCAGUGUCGGGGUUUUACUGCGAGUGUGCGGAGAGAGGCAUGUGUGUCAAUACACACGUGUGGACCAAGAGCAAGUUCAUGGGCAUGUCGGUGGGUGUCUCCAUGGUGGGCGAAGGUGUGUUGUAUCUGCAGGACCACGGUGAGGAGUAUGUGUUUUCUUUCCCGAGUGCAUAUGCUCGCUCAAUCCUCACUGUCCCGUGGGUAGAGCUGGGGGGAAAGGUCACGAUCAGCUGUGUCAAGACGGGAUACUCUGCCAAUGUCACAUUCCACACCAAACCCUUUUAUGGGGGCAAAGUUCACAGGGUAACUGCAGAAGUCAAGCUGAACUCCAGCGGUCUCAUCGUGUGUAAAGCUCAGGGCGAGUGGAACGGGACACUAGAGUUCACCUACAGCAGCGGAGAGACCAAAGUGAUUGACACCACCAAAAUGCCCGUCAUCAGAAAACUGAUUCAACCAGUGGAGAAACAGGGGCGGACCGAAUCAAGGCGUCUUUGGCAGCACGUCACCAGAGCGUUGAAGGAUGGCAAUGUUGAUCUGGCAACUGAACACAAGCAUGUGUUAGAAGAAGACCAGAGAUCAGAGGAGAGACAGAGAGCCGCUAACAACGUGACCUGGAAACCCACAUACUUCAGCAAAGAGGGUGACGGUUGGGUGUACAGAAACCCAUUAUGGAAGACACACUGAGAUGAGCUGAAAAAUCAAACAACCUUUGACCAGGUGAGGUUGAAAACGAUCAAAAACAAAGACUGGAUCUCACAUUCAGGAGAAUAUGGAUGCACUUUGAUGCAUCACAAUAUAGACCGCAGGAAAUCAGACUGAUUUGUACAGAAAUCGACGUGCAUGUUGUAUAUGGACACAAACACAUAGCAUAGAACUUUUAUAUUCUGUAUAAAUUAUAUAUAAUUUUUCACAAUACCUAACCAAACCUUUGGGGUGAUACAUGUAUAUACAGAAUUUAUGUGAUUUGCCAUUUGAUGUUUUGUCAACAGAGUAAGAGAGAGAUUGAUUUAUGACCAGAUUGUGUUUAAUCAAAAAAUUUUUAUUUUAUAUUCAAUAUAUAUAUUCAAGCUUUUAAGCCUUUAACAGAAGAGUGAAUCUCACAAAAACAUGUCCAGGUCACGUUUCAUCCCAAUAUUAAAGGACAAACAAAAUAAAGUAUGUUUUGAAUAAAGAAAAUUAAGCCCAUUUUAGGACCACUGUAAUACAUUUUUAAAAUUAAAAAUGGUACAACAGAAACUACCAAGAUGUAUAACCACUUUACAAUUUAAAUAUAUAUAUUUUUAACAUUCAAUUGUUUAUAUAGCGCCUUUACAACAGCUCAAGAUCACUUUACAACAGAGUCAAUAUAACAACAAAACAGCAAAUAUGCUUAAAAUAAAAUAUGAUUCAUUGUCAUGAAAAUAAUGUCACAAUGAAAAAAAAAAAUGUUUUUUUUGUCUUAAACAGAAAACGUAAACAAAAAGACACAAAGAUAAACACACACGGCAGCUGAAUGUGGCUCUCUCUUUCUCGAACCGCCACAUCCGGCUCGGCCUUAUCCCUCUCCUCGGAUGAUUAGCCCAACUGGGGGCCGGGUGUGUGCACUCACGGCCCGGCCCCACCCUCCUCCUCGUCAUACUCCUCCCUUCUUUGCCUCAGGCUGGAGAACGUAAUGCAAAAUACAAUUUCGAAUUUUUUAUUUUGUGGUGAAAUAUGACCUUGACGUGUUCUUGACAAGUAUUGUGAAACCUAUCCAGAAAUGCACAACAAUACACUCGCAAUCCUUGAUCUGAUGUUUUGGGUAAUGCAACUGUGAGAUUGAAAUGGAUAAAAACUUUGAGUGUUUUCACCAAUAAGGCGAGCUUGUGAUCAGUCAGCUGACACUGUGAUUCUGUUAAAUGUUAAAUGAACGACCAUGUCUAUUCAAUGCAGGAAAUCCUCUCCAUGUGCUGUUUUGAGUAAUUAUCUUUCCUGACAGAUGAUGAUUACUAUUACUAUUACUCUAGCCGGUUUACAUUGUUAAACUUCCCUGAAACCGAUGAUCUAGGACUGAAACCUGACUUCAUAUUAACAUGGAAAACCUUCUAUUAUAAAUGCAGGUUUUUUACCAAAACAACCUAAUUAUGAUGCUGAAUGAUAUUUGAUGUAAGAUUUUCCACUGUGUAUCUAUCUGUUGAGAUCAGUGGCUCUGGUUCUGGAAGUAUUUCCAAUUCUCCAUGGGAUGCUCUCCAUCAAACCAAUAUUGUUAUAAAAUAUGAAUAACUUUAAUUUGAUUUGACUGAUUUUUUUUUUAAAUUUUUUUAUUUGAAAUAAACUUGCCAUGGCAAUCAGAGCAUA